UUGAAACUUUCAAGAUGGCUGAGUCCGUAGGAUCCAUGCAUUUCGCAGCUAAUGGCAAAAUAAAUCCCCCAAAACCCUUGGUACCCAAAAUACCACCUGAGAGUCGACCACAGUCUUCCAACGAUGUCUUCCCCCCACCGCCCAAGAAAGUCAGAAUUGAGGAGAAGAGCUUGAAGCAAAAGAAAUUGAACGGGGACGUAGUGUGCGCAGGGGAAAAACACAACGGGAAGCAGAGUUAUGGAAGCCCAGCGAAAUGGAGUUUCGGCCCGGCUAAGCCGAGCAACUCCACCUCGCCAGCUCCCGCACGAAAGAUCUUCAAGAUCAGCAACUUUCUCGCCUCUCCUUCGAAAGUGAAGAAACCGAAGGAGAAACGUCACAAGGAAAAAGAGAAGAGCACUAAAAUGCAGAGAUCACUCCUGGAGAAAGUGAGCCCUCCGAGUUGCCAUACAAAGACGGAGAAUGGUGAUGUAAAGAUGUUACGAGAUCACACUGGCAAAGAUGAGGAAAGAGAGAAGAAAAGGGAGAAGGAUACUGAUAAAGAGAGGGACAGGGAGAAGAAGAACCACCCAGGGAUGGUUGUGAAUGAUGUUGCGAGGGAGAAUGGCGAGGUGAAAAUGCCACUGAAAGACUCAACAGAAAAGCCAAAAUUCAACUCUGAGGACGAGCUCCUCUUGAAAAAGUUAAAGAAGAAGAAGAAAAAGAAGCACAAAGACGGCGAGAGGGAAAGACGCAGCAGGCCCAAGAUGUACCACCGCUCCAGCCAGACGGUGUGUUCUGGUGUAUCUGUGGACCUGCCGGARCUGCUCAACACACCAGACAGAAGUAACAACAGCACCAAUAACAGUUUCUUCCAYACCUUCCCAAGUCCCCAUCAGGAUUUUUCCAGCGUCACCACUAGUGUGUCCACCUCCACAGCUUCCAUGGUCAGGGAGAGGUUGGGCUAUGGCUCCCCCCUCCACAGUGCCCCGUCCCUUGGCAUGGCGGUGCUGGAGUUUGGCAGUCUGAUCCAUGUGGAACAGCAGGCCAACGGCGGGGCCUUGGUGGCCCACGCUUACACUCAGCAGCUGGCCUGUCUCUCCCCGGCRGAGAUGCAGCGCUUCGCCCAGGAGUUUGUCACCCUGUCAUUCAGCGAGGACCAAGCUGACGCCGCCCAUUACGUCAUGGGCAUCAUCCAUGGAGCGGCCUCCUACCUACCAGACUUCCUGGACUACUUCUCCUACAAGUUCCCCAACGCACCCGUCAAGAUGGAGGUGCUGGGGAAGAAGGAUAUAGAGACCACCACCAUGACCAACUUCCACACUCAGGUGAAGCGUACCUACUCCCAGGGGACGUACCGUGCGGGGGCCAUGCGGCAGGUCAGCCUGGUGGGGGCCGUGGACGAGGAGGUGGGAGACUACUUUCCCGAGUUCAUAAACAUGCUGGAGGAAUCGCCCUUCCUUGAGCGUACCCUGCCCUGGGGCACGUUCUCCAGCCUGCGCCUGCGGAGCCCCACAGAGAGUGAUGAUGGGCCCAUCAUGUGGGUCAGACCAGGGGAACAGAUGAUCCCUGUGGCUGACAUGCCCAAGUCCCCCUACAAGAGAAAGAGGUCAACCAAUGAGAUCAAGAACCUGCAGUACCUGCCGCGGGCCAGCGAGCCCAGGGAGAUGCUGUUUGAGGACCGGACCAGAGCCCACGCCGACCACAUCGGACAGGGCUUCGAGAGACAGACCACCGCCGCCGUAGGGGUGCUCAAGGCUGUGCGCUGCGGAGAGGGUGAUGCUCCUGCCAGGAUUACCAAAGACGUGGUGUGUUUCCACGCUGGAGAUUUCCCUGAAGUGGUCCAGAGGCUCCAGCUAGACCUGUACGAACCACCCCUCUCACAGUGUGUGCAGUGGAUAGAUGAUGCCAAGCUGAACCAGCUGAGGAGAGAGGGCAUCCGCUACGCUCGUAUCCAGCUCUACCACGACGAAUCUACUUCAUCCAGGGGAGUGGUGCACCAGUUCAAGACUGUGUCUGCUGUCUGCAGCCUGGCCUGGCACAUCCGCCUCAGACAAUACCACCUGGACCAAGAGAGGGAGGAAGAGGAGAGGGAGAAGAGCUGUACUUCUACACAGGCAACAAGUCAAGUCAUAGAGGAAGCGGAAGAAACGGAGGAAAGUGAGGAGGAGGGAGGGAAAGAGGACACUCCUACACAGCCACAGGUAAAGACUGAGGAGGCAGGGGGAAGGGCGCCUGUACAGGAGCCGCCAUCAGUUUGCAAGGAGGAAGAAGACACGCGGGAGGAGGGAGGGGAGAGAGGAGGCUGUACAUCGACACUGGCAUUCCCUUUAGUCAAGGAGGAGAGAGGGAAAGGAAACGCAGUCACAGAGACACUACUGGAAGUCAAGAAAAGAAAGGAGGAUGAUGACCAUCACAAGAUGGAAGAGAGGGUGAGAAAAAGAGCAAGAGAUGGCACUACACCCACACAGAUGCCACCACAAGUGCUGAUGGAGGAAGAUAGUGAACUCUCAAAGGCAUCACAGCAGGCUGGCAUAGAGAGAGAGGAGGAAGAAAGACAUCAGAAGACACCUCCACAAGUCCAGAAAGAGAAGGACAAAGGGAAGGGGAAAGAUUUGGAGAAAGACGGGAAGGAGAAAGUGGAGAGGGAGAAGAAGGAAGAAGGAAAGAGAGAUCGAGAGGUCAACCAUAAGGACGAGAGGAAGAAACCGCCCCCUGCCCCUAGCUGCCCCCCCUCGUACCACAAACCCCCACGGACACUUGUAACCUUUGACCUCUUUAAGCCUAUGGACGCACUCCAAGCCCCGCCCCUGUCCCUGGCAGACAGGUCUCACCACAGUGACUGUCGAGGUGCUCGCUCCAAGUCUGAGAGUCGGACACUAGCGCCCUCUAAAGGAGCAAAAUGUCUACAGAUCUCAGGGAACCUGAUCUGA